AUGAAUAAUUAUAGCCAAAAGAAAGUAAAAAGACAGACAAUUCCAUUAGAAACAAAAAUUCUAAUAUUAAAUAGACUAGCAGAUGGUGAAGGAUCUACAGCUGUUGCUAAUGAAUUUAAAUUAGAAUUAAUUCAAGAAAAAGCUAGACAUUAUUUCAACCAACUGAAGGACUUAGAACCAAGUUCGUCAUCCUGUUCACGAAACGUGACAUUUUCUGCGAGCAACGGCUGGUUUGCUGGAUUUGUACAACGGUACGCACUUCACAAUGUGAAGAUACAAGGCGAGGCAGCGUCCGCCGAUGAAACGGCUGCUAUGAAUUAUCGCAAAGUAUUAGCGGAAAUCAUUGAUGAUGGUGGAUAUUGCCCAGACCAAAUAUUUAAUGCUGAUGAGACUGGGUUAUUCUGGAAAAAGAUGCCCAGUCGAACAUUAAUUGCGAAAUCGGAGAAAACUGCAAGUGGUUUUAAAGCGGCAAAGGACCGAAUCACACUUCUUCUUUGCAGUAAUGCCUCUGCAUGGGUCACAUCAGCUGUAUUUACAACAUGGUUCAAUGAUUGUUUUGUACCAGAAGUUGAAAAAUACAUGGAAGAGAUGGGUCUUCCGUUUAAAGUAUUGCUAAUUGUAGAUAAUGCACCCGGUCAUCCCUGUAUAGAACAUCCUAAUAUACAAAUGGUGUUUUACCACCAAAUACGACCAGCCUUAUACAACCACUGGAUCAGGGCAUAA